CCCCCCCCUUCUUUGUCUCUCCGUGCACCUGCAUGCACCCUGGGCAGCCCCGGCUCGUCGGAGAGACGCUGUGCUCAGAGACUGUGCUGCACUAGGAGACCCCAUGGCUUCUGGCCCUCCAUGUCCCUCUGUAGGCCGCAGGCUCAGGCUUCUGGAGCUGCUACUCGGGCCUCUGUUGGUCCUGCUGGUUUCUGGGCUGGAACCAGCUCUGGGUCAGAAGGUCUACACCAACACAUGGGCUGUCCACAUACCUGGAGGUCAGGAGGAGGCUGAGCAAAUUGCCAAUAAACAUGGGUUCAUCAAUCAUGGACAUGUAUUUGGUGAUUAUUAUCACUUCCGGCAUCGUACGGUGGUGAAGAGAUCUCUGUCGGAUCACAGGGGGACAAACGUCCGCCUUCAGAGAGACUCCAAGGUGACUUGGGCCGAGCAACAAGUGUCCAAACGAAGGAAAAAGAGGGAUGUCUUCGAGGAACCGUUGGAUCCCAAGUUCAAAGACCAGUGGUACCUGUACAACAGCAACCACCGUGACUUGAAUGCGAAAUCUGCGUGGCAGUUGGGCUACACAGGUAAAGGGGUGGUGGUGUCAAUCCUGGACGAUGGAAUAGAGAAGAACCAUCCUGACUUGAUGCAGAACUACGACCCGGAUGCCAGCUACGAUGUGAACGAUGGCGACCCAGAUCCUCAGCCUCGUUACACGCAGCUCAAUGACAACAGACAUGGAACGAGAUGUGCAGGAGAAGUGGCAGCAGUAGCCAACAACGGGAUCUGUGGAGUCGGUGUGGCCUACAAUGCCAAGAUUGGUGGUGUUCGUAUGCUGGAUGGUGAGGUGACAGACAUGGUGGAGGCUCAGUCCCUUAGUCUGAAUCCCCAGCACAUCGACGUCUACAGCGCCAGCUGGGGCCCAGAGGAUGACGGCAAAACUGUCGAUGGACCUGCCAAACUUGCCAAAGAAGCCUUUCUGCGUGGAGUUACAGAGGGUCGUAGGGGUUUGGGCUCCAUCUUUGUGUGGGCUUCUGGGAACGGAGGGAGGGAGAAGGACAGCUGUAACUGCGACGGCUACACCAACAGCAUCUACACCCUGUCCAUCAGCAGCUCCACCCAGAACGGCAAUGUCCCCUGGUACAGCGAGGCUUGCUCCUCCACCCUCGCCACCACCUACAGCUCGGGGAACCUCAACGAGAAACAGAUUGUGACGACAGACCUCAAAUCGAAAUGCACAGACUCCCACACAGGCACAUCUGCCUCCGCCCCACUGGCUGCUGGGAUCAUCGCUCUUGCCCUUGAGGCCAAUAAAAAUCUGACCUGGAGGGAUAUGCAACAUCUGGUUGUACGAACUUCUCACCCUGCCCACCUGCUAACCAACGACUGGAGAACAAAUGGGGUCGGGCGCAAAGUUAGCCAUUCAUAUGGAUACGGACUACUUGAUGCCAGUGCAAUUGUGGCACUGGCAGAGACAUGGACCAGUGUGAGGCCGCAACGGAAAUGUGUGAUCACCAUGGUCAGUGAGCCAAGGAACAUUGGCAGCCAUUUGUCGAUUAACAUGAGUGUGGACGCCUGCAUCGGGACAGACAGUCAUGUGACGUCAUUAGAGCACGUUCAGGCCCGGCUCACGCUUUCCUACAACCGCAGGGGAAACCUGGCCAUCCACCUCAUUAGCCCUGCAGGAACCCGCUCCACUCUGCUUCACCCCAGGCCUCAUGACUACUCAUCAGAGGGUUUUAACGACUGGGCUUUCAUGACCACCCACUCCUGGGAUGAAAACCCUACCGGGGCGUGGACACUGGAGAUUGAGAACGUGGCUGGUGCCAGUGACUACGGCACUUUGACCCAGUUCAUCCUGGUGCUGUAUGGCACCGGCUCAGCAUCUUCCAGCUCCUCUGACAAGGCUCAGCCUGUCAAUGGCAACUGUAAGACCUUGGACCUGAGGCAGAUAUGCAUCGAGUGCGACGCCGGCCACUACCUCUUUCAGCAGGGCUGUGUGAAAGAAUGUCCAGCAGGCUUCUCAGUGGGCUCCCAGCCCCUCAACUACACAGUGGGAAACUUUAUAUCAGCCUCCGUCCCAGCCUGCCUGCCCUGCCCACCGCCCUGCCUGACCUGCAGCAGACUCAGCCCUCGGGCCUGCCUGUCCUGCCCUCCUCACAGCUCCCUGGACCCCAUCUCUGGCACCUGCUUGCACCUCAACCAGUACAUGCGCGAGUCCCCUGACAGCUUCAUGAUGGGUCAGGGGAACCCGGGGAUGCAGCUCCAGCUCAACUCCCGGCUGCCCAUCACCAUCGCCGUGCUCAGCUGCAUGGCCAUCAUCGCCACCUUUGCUGGCACCUUCCUGAUGCUGCAACUGCGCUCCGGCGCACUCAUCAAGCUGCCCUCUCUGGAGGCUGGCGGCGGCGGCGGCCUCGGGGGCACUUUCAGCCUUGGGGGAAAUAGGAUGGUGUCAUACCGCGGCAUCCCGACAGUGUGGGGGGAUGAUGGGGUAAAUACAGACUCUGAUAACGAAGAGUUUGACGUCCAUAAUGAGAGGACUGCCUUUAUCAAAACACAAAGUGCUCUUUAAUCCCUCCCCCACAUCCCGCCCUCUCUCCUGCUUUUAAAGUCUUCUCACCCUCAUUUGUCUGAUGAUUCAGAGCUGUGGUAACAACCUUCAUGCAGUCUCUUUUUCUGGUUUACCUGUCAUCUCUUCUUUCCCGUCUCCUUCUUAUGGGGUUCUCCUCUGGGCAUCUGCUGUGGGAGACCUGAAGCCGCGGUCUCUCAGGGCUCAGGAUAGUCUGAGCUCUUCUCUGUUCAUACUUGGGCGCUUCUCUAGCCAUUAAACUGGCUCUCCCUCCUCUUGCCCUCAAUCACUACCAAUAUCUGUCUGUGCUUGGUCCAUUUUCCCCUCCAGUUCCUUUUUUUCCCCCAGGAAAAAAUGAUUAUUUUUUUCUUUUUUCUUUUGUUUCUCUCUUUCCAUCAGUCUCCGUGCAGUAGCCAGACGAGAUUGUUAAAUGUGAGGAGUAGAGAUGUGUGUAUGCGUCUGUGUGAAUGUGAGCGUGUAAAUCUGAUGAGCAGUGUACUGCCCUUUAUAGAGAAGCUAAAGCUGGUCCUGUCACAUUUAGUACUUCAACUUAAAAGUGAUAACAAAACAUCGUAUUAAGAGGCAUGAAAUCGGAUUUGGAAACAUUGAUUCUCCCUGAAGUGUCGUUUAGUGACAACGUCCAAAAUCUGUUCAUAAAAGCACCACUCAUCUGAAGCGAGGCCCAGUGCAUUUAAAGUGUGCACAAAUCAAAAGUAUAAUAGUUGUCAAGGAAAUAUCCUGACUUUAAGAGUUUAAGAUCAUGUGUCACACGUCAGAUAAAUAACACAGACGGUCUGAGAGCCUCUUCUUUCUCUUCAUGUUAAGACAAUGUUAUGUAUUUACUUAAAAAUCCAUCUUCCACACAGUCUUUAUUUUAUCUGUAUAGUUAUUGUUCUGUGAGGGGGGCUUUAGUUAUCUUACUGUGUACACAGUCUAGAAACAUCUCUCUCAGCUCUGGCAGAACAAACUGUGAGUCACACAACCAACAAAGCUUCUUCCAGACUUUUGGGAUUCAAGAUGGACUCAAUUUAUCCCGGUUUGAAAACUUUAAAUUCUCCUGUGCUCAUCUCCUGGGAUGGGAGGGUAUCAAAAAGUACAACAAAUGAAAAGAAGAAACAAAAAACAACAUAUACACACAGGCUACUCGCUCAACCCUGAGGCACAUUCCCUUCCAGGGGCGUUUAAUUUCUGUGUUUGAUGUGCUCACAUCCCGGGGCUGAGAGAGAAGCAGCCGACGUGCUGAUGGGACCCAGAACAAUAUGUGACUGUUGAGCACAAAAGCUUCUCAAAAGCUGCCGGCAGGUGUUGAGUUACCUGUGAUUGAUUCCUUGACGGAGCAGACGCAGUUAACAAUACAUCAAGGCCUCCCCUUUUGUCAUAGCACAUUAGCACUACAAAGAUACAUUAGACGCAUCUCAUAUCAUAAUAACUGAAACUUUGUUAACGUGUGAGAUAGUUUACUGCUGAUGAAAAAUGUCUAUCUGCCCUCUGAAGUGACGGUUUCCUUAACCACUUUGCUUCAUAGUCUCUGCUCUCCUCUUCAAAUCUUGAAUGCUGUUUAGAAAUCCUACGUGGAGACUCCACUUCUCAUCAGUGUCUCUGCUCUUACCCUCCAGUCUUCAUCUAAUCUGAAAUUCAGAUUAUCUCUUCAGCGUACUUGCCAAUUAAUUAUAUUCUGAAUGAUACUGCAGCAACUAUUUAUUCUGAGAGGUUUUAAUCAUACCUUUAGGGAAGAUAGUUUUAAAGUGAUUCUUUUUCUCCUGGGCUGGUUAUCAUCUAAAAUUUGCAUCUCAUGAUUUAACCCAAUGUAGCCAUUUUGAAUCCAUUGAUCACUUUUCCUACUAUGUUGAUUUUUUUUUUUUUUUUUUUAUUUCCAUUACAAAAAAAACAGUGAUACUGGCUGAGAGAGGUUGUCAUGGUGAUGACAUGCAUACAAAAAUGCAGCUGCUCAUCCUUGUUUUUUUUUAUCUACCUCUCAUAUCAUUCAGCAAGGCUUCAUACACCCCUAGAGGAGCUGUUAAAUGAUCAUAGAGGUCAAAUUAUAUGUAGGUCAGAUAUGGCAAUGCUUUUCGGGAAAAGAUUUAAGAGGAUAGGCAUGUUAGUCAAAUUUAUGUUUUAGAAGAGAGACGAGCAAUUUUGAUUCAGAAUCUGUAAACCUGCUGUGUAAAUUCUAGUCCGCUGGAUCUUUUAAAAAAUGUAUUGCAUUUAGGAUCAGCAUUCAUGGGCACCCCCACCUGGGCUGAAAACAGAAUGGGUAGGAAGGUCCAAAGAUCUUGUGGGCCAGCGUUUAAGUGCUAAAUCAACAUGAAAUUGUCACGGGGUUGAAGACCUUUUUGUUCAUAAGUUUGUCACUGACAAUCAAAUAAUUUCCUUGGGUUGAAGGCAAGAAGGUGCACAAGCACACAAAAAAUAAUCGAUUUUAAUUCAACCACUUUCUCUUGCAAAAGCUUUCUCUGAAGGUAUUAUUCAUAAAUAUUCAGAGCUGAAUGUGAUUUGAAUUGCAAAAGUGUGUUCAGAGAGAGAGAGAAGAAAAAAACAUACGAGUUUCCAAACAACAUCCUGUUCAAAAAGAUGGAGAGGAUUGGUAUGUAUGCUCUCAAGCACAGCACCGAGCCAGGAAGCUUAAUUCAUCUCAGAUGGCUAGUGCAGGUGUAGCACAUUUGGCUUAUCGUUGCAGUUUCAACCAGGAAAGCACUAAACGGGAUUGGAAACCAACCCCAGAACGUGGAUUUAAAGAAAGUGCCCUCAAAAAGAACGACGCUAAUGUGGCUGCAGAAUAAUGAGCGUGUCCUGCAUAGCUUUGUGUCACCUACAUUAGUGCCUACUGCCAUUUAGGCUUCGAUUUAGUUUAAGGAGGAUGCUAAUUUAGAAAUGUAAUAACUAAAGCCUCAGACUUGAGCUACGAAAUCUUAUUGACUUCCCAGCUUGGUGUGAAGUGUGUAAACAGAAGAUAAUGGGCUACUGCGGCACCAAAAUUGCUUCCAUAAACUAUUUUCUUACACUCUGGAUGCUAAGAGUUUGCUUUUUUAGAAGAACUGUAGUGUGGGACUUUGACCAAUGCAAUUAGUAUUGAUGCGCAGUCUUAUAAACAUUAUCCAUUGUGCAUCUCCCCUUGCAAAAGAUUUAUAUUGCUUCCACAAAGAAUAGAGUUUCUCCUGAAGUGCAAGUUUUCUGGGGUUUUCAGAGAAGCUUCUGUGGCCCCUUGAGUGCACACACAAAGUGAUUAAUUCAUCUUAACUUGAAGUUGUAUCUGCUACAGCUUGACAGCUGACAAAACUUUAAACUGAUGAACCCGGCGCUUUGAGCGUAAAAAUAUUCAACUUUUAAGAAAACCAUGAAUGCGAGCAGCAUUAAGUAGCUAGUUCUUCCAAAGCACGGGGAGCUGCUGAACACCAUUAGCAGCCAGCUCACUCUUUUCACUGCAAGAAUGUGCUGGAAACUACACACUAAAAAAAGAAAAGGGUCUCUAAUUGUGCCAGCAAGCAGCUCAUCAUCAUAAGGCUGCCACUUCAACGGCACUAAAGUGUGAAGCCUUUUAAUGUAGAAAGUAACAGAAAUGUCCGCAAAUUGUCUCCUCUGGCUAUAAAGAAAAGACUCGCUCAUGGAAGUGACGGAGGCUUUUUUCUUUGUACAGCUGAUUUAUUUCAUGUGGAGCUCGAUGUUGCUUCAGUCCUGCCUUAGGAUGUAGUCAUAAGUGAUCAAUAUGAAGUCUGAUGGAUUUAAUAGGAGCAAUAUCUUUGGCAUAACCAAAGACAAUCAUUUUAAUGCUGUCUGUUUAGUGUCACGACGUGUUGCUUUCAGGUUGUCACAGUCCAUUGACCCCUUUCACUCACGUUCAAAGUGUUUUGUUGACAUCAUUCUGUCAUCUCAGCUUUUUUUUUUUGAAGAUCUGCGAUGACACCCUGUAUGUUCAGCAGCCGUGAAGGGAGGAGGUAGAAUGUAUCCCAUCUCCAUUAACUUAAGGGCUGAAUCAGAUCUGCGUGCGUCCGUGUGUGCACAUGCUUGUUUAAGAAUAAAUGAAACACUUUGUAAUGAGGGAGGCGGGGGUGUUUAGUGGAGCAGCCUCAGACGCCUCUGUUGACCUCCUCCCGCCUCUUGGUGAGGUUCCUGGCUGCACACAGUACCUUACAGAUUUGUGACCUAUGAAUAAUGUACAAGAAUGACUAUCUUACAUGGGACAUAACUCUAAAAUAAGGCCUAUUUUUGUACUAUAUGAAUGGUGCAGUGUAAUUUUCUUGUAAUUUAAAGAUACUCUUGUUUUUCUCCAUUUAUUUAAUUGAUGUCAAUUAUAGAUUCUACUAAAAAAAUAAAGAUCUAUGCAAAUUUGAAUGUGUUUUUAUUAACUAAAAGGUUUUAAAAGUAAAUAUGACUUGGUGUAGGCUGGUGUAUAAGAACUGAACAUUGGUACUAAGAUCCUUUACUCAAGAACCAGAACAACAUGUAAAAAUACUGUUAGUAAAGUCACAGAAGUAAAAGUGCUCAUUCUACACAUAAUUGGCCCCUGUGACUGAUUUAUUAUUAAUUGUUACAUUAUUAGAUUUUUAUACGUAUGCAUCUCUGUGUAAACAGCAUUAUACUGUUGCAGCAGGUCAAGUGGAGAUAUUUUAACUACUUAAUAUGUCGUAAAGUGGAUUAAUAAAUCUGAGUUUGGGAUUGUGAAA